AUGACCUCCCAGUACUCUCCUAGAACCAGAACAGCAAAACUCAAAACACACACACAAAAACCAAAUCAAUUCUCUCCAAAAUGAGAGACCCUUCAUCAACCACCAAAUCAUCACCAUUAUGGAAACCCUUCACGUCAAACUGCUGUUCGGUUGACGACCAGACCGUGUUCGGCAACCUUAGCCGCUGUCGUCCAUCCAAAUCGGAGUUCUCCAAGAACCUCGGACCCCUGCCCUCUUUCCGGCGACUCUCCUUUGCCGAUCUCAGCCGUUCAUCUUCGGCCAGGAUCAACGAGGAUCUCGCCCAUUCCCUCGGACCCGAAUCCGACCUCUUGGAUUUUCAGCUCUGCGAAUUGAAGCUGAUAACGCAGAAUUUCUCAAGGAAUUAUCUGUUGGGAGAAGGAGGGUUCGGAAAAGUGUACAAAGGCUUUGUCGAUGAGAAUCUCAGACAAGGUUUGAAGUCUCAGGCUGUUGCUGUUAAGCUCUUGGACAUUGAAGGUCUUCAAGGUCAUCGCGAAUGGCUUGCUGAGGUCAUACUGCUCGGACAGCUGAGGCACCCGAAUCUGGUCAAGCUGAUCGGGUACUGCUGCGAGGACGAGGAACGAGUCCUUGUCUACGAGUUCAUGCCACGUGGCAGCUUGGAAAAUCACCUCUUCAAACGGAUAUCGAUAACGCUGCCGUGGGCGACGCGUUUGAAGAUCGCGAUCGCGGCGGCGAAAGGCCUGGCCUUCCUGCACGACUUGGACAGCCCAAUCAUUUACCGGGAUUUUAAAACGUCCAAUAUCCUUAUCGAUUCGGAUUUUACGGCGAAACUGUCGGAUUUUGGACUGGCGAAGAUGGGUCCAGAGGGAUCGAAAUCACACGUCACGACUCGGGUCAUGGGUACUUAUGGUUAUGCUGCUCCCGAAUACGUUUCCACCGGGCAUCUAACGACGAAGAGCGACGUGUACAGCUACGGCGUCGUUUUACUGGAGCUGCUAACGGGAAGGAGAGCCACCGAGAAAUCACGCCCCAAGAACGAACAGAACAUCGUCGACUGGUCAAAACCCUACCUGACGAGCAGCCGCCGCCUCCGCUGCAUCAUGGAUCCGAGACUCUCCGGUCAAUACUCCGUCAAGGCCGCCAAGGAGAUGGCUCUUCUCGCCCUCCGAUGCGUUAGCCCUAACCCUAAGGACCGCCCCAGGAUGCCGGCGAUCGUCGAGUCGCUCCGAGAUCUCCAGCACCUCAAGGACAUGGCCGUUUCCUCCGGCCACUGGUCUCCGUCUCCGGCGAAAUCCGUCGGAUCUAGGGUUUCUCCGAAGGUUAGGGGCGGCAGCUGCCGGAAAUCGUUGCCCGUUUCGGUCAAAUCGUAAAAUUAGGGUUUGGUUUUUGGGGGCGAAUUAAAGUGAAGCCGCGCGUGGUAUUUAUGUGUAAAUAAACUCCAUAUAUAAUUAUAUAUAUAUAUAUAUAUGCGUGGGAUUA